AUGGCAUCCUCUUCCUCCAACGUCGUGGGGGUUCAUUACAGAGUGGGAAAGAAGAUUGGCGAAGGAUCUUUCGGCGUCAUCUUCGAGGGUACGAACCUCUUGAACAACCAGCAAGUGGCUAUCAAAUUUGAACCACGCAAGAGUGAUGCACCUCAAUUGCGCGAUGAAUACCGGACAUAUAAGAUCUUGGUCGGAUGCCCUGGCAUCCCCAAUGUCUAUUACUUUGGCCAGGAAGGAUUGCACAACAUCCUGGUCAUUGACCUCCUCGGUCCGAGUCUUGAGGAUCUUUUCGACCAUUGCAACCGCCGAUUCACCGUCAAGACUGUAGUGAUGGUCGCUAAGCAGAUGCUUUCCCGCGUUCAAACAAUCCACGAAAAGAACCUGAUCUAUCGCGAUAUCAAACCCGAUAACUUCCUCAUCGGUCGUCCAGGCACCAAGGCUGCCAACGUCAUCCACGUCGUCGACUUCGGCAUGGCUAAGCAAUACCGGGACCCUAAGACAAAGCAGCACAUCCCCUAUCGUGAACGGAAAUCGCUGUCUGGUACAGCGCGUUACAUGAGUAUCAACACCCAUCUGGGACGGGAACAAUCACGACGGGAUGAUUUGGAAGCUCUUGGUCACGUCUUUCUUUACUUUUUACGCGGUGGUCUUCCCUGGCAGGGACUCAAGGCGGCCACGAACAAGCAAAAAUACGAAAAGAUUGGAGAGAAAAAGCAGACUACUGCGAUUAAGGAUCUGUGCGAUGGCUAUCCAGAGGAAUUUAACAAAUAUCUUACCUACGUCCGCAAUCUCGGUUUUGAAGAUACGCCUGAUUACGAUUACCUGAGGGAUCUGUUUACCCAAGCUCUCAAGAACGCUGGCGAAGUCGAGGAUGGCGAGUACGACUGGAUGAAAUUGAACGGCGGCAGGGGCUGGGAAUACAAGUCGUACUCGUCUCAACAACAUUUGCAACACAACGCUCUGCCCAAUUCGUCCGCUCGUGAGCUUCACUCACAACAGCUUCGCGGCAGCCAGAGACCUGGUGUUACCGCAGACCGUUUAAACGCCGCGCAGCCCCCACCACCGUCUCCUGCCAAACCCGGAGCUGGAAAGUCGCGCGAUCGACCAAGCGCCUCCGGUGGGAUGCCCCCGAAACGCCAGAGCGGGGGUCUCGACGCAACGACACCAGCAGCGUCGACUCAAGCGCAAUUCCAGAACUCGAACGCGAACCUCUCAGGCCGCAUGGGGAGUCCCGCCAAUCCUACAAAGAGUAGCCAACAAGGCCAGGGAAUUCAGAGCAACAAUGACCCGCAGCCAACUUUCGUUCAGAAAUUGAUGAAAGCGCUGUGCUGCGGUAGGUGA